GGUGGCGAAAUUUCGCUGUCUUUCACUGCAGACCAUCAAGCCUUCACCGAGACGCGGUAACAGCAUCUUUUGCUGUUAUUCAGCUCUCGCAUCUCAAUGACACUAUCCAGUGUUAAGUCUCGCUUUUUUUCAUAAGAGAUUAUUUUCAUAGACUUUGCCUUGUGGUUUUGUUUUGUCUACAGAACUUUGUACAUUUGAUUUUUUUGCCACCAUGGUGCUAGGAAAGGUGAAGAGCUUCAUUGUAAGCUACGACUGUCUAAAUGACAGCAAUGUCCCUGUUUUCUCCAGCGGGGACUCCGUCUCAGGAAGAGUUAUUAUUGAAGUCACCGGGGAGAUUCGUGUCAAGUCACUUAAAAUACAUGCAAAAGGAUUCGCAAAAGUUCGUUGGACAGAAUCACGAAAUGCUGGAUCCAACACUGCCUACACUCAAAAUUACACAGAAGAAGUGGAAUAUCUGAAUCAUAGAGACAUCCUAAUUGGCCAUGAAAGAGAUGAUGAUAACUCUGAAGAGGGACUCACCACUAUUCAUUCAGGAAGACAUGAGUAUGCAUUCAGCUUUGAGCUUCCACAAACACCUCUGGCUACCUCGUUCGAAGGAAAGCACGGCAGUGUGCGCUAUUGGGUGAAGGCUGAGCUGCACAGGCCGUGGCUUCUGCCUAUGAAGACCAAGAAAGAGUUCACUGUCUUUGAACACAUUGACAUCAACACUCCUCUCCUGCUGUCUCCCCAGGCAGGAACUAAAGAAAAGACACUAUGCUGCUGGUUUUGCACCUCAGGUCCAAUCUCCUUAAGUGCCAAAAUUGAACGGAAGGGUUAUACUCCAGGAGAGUCCAUUCAGAUCUUUGCUGAAAUUGAAAACUGCUCCUCGCGCAUGGUUGUGCCAAAGGCCGCCAUUUACCAAACGCAGACCUUCUUUGCCAAAGGGAAAAUGAAGGAGAUCAAGCAAUUGGUGGCUAACAUCCGCGGGGAGUCGCUUUCUUCUGGCAAGACGGAGACGUGGAAUGGAAAGAUGCUGAAGAUCCCCCCUGUAUCGCCCUCCAUCCUUGACUGCAGUAUCAUUAGAGUGGAGUACUCACUCAUGGUGUACGUAGACAUCCCAGGAGCCAUGAACCUGUCUUUAAACCUGCCCCUGGUGAUUGGCACCAUCCCUCUUCACCCCUUCGGUAGCCGUACAUCUUCUGUGAGCAGCCAAUGCAGCAUGACCAUGAGCUGGUUAGGCCUGGCCCUCCCUGAGAGGCCUGAAGCUCCUCCAGCUUAUGCAGAGGUGGUCACAGAAGAACAGAGGCAGAGCUGUUUGGAAGUGUCGUCAGGGCGGGAAAACUUCGAUGGCCCGCUAUUCGCCUACAUCCAGGAGUUCCGCUUCCGACCCCCUCCACCCUACUCCGAGAUCGAUCCACAUCCAGAUCAAGCCACAUCAACUGCGGAGCAGAGACUCGACACCUGCCCGUCACGCUGAGAAACGCAUGGCACGAGUCCAAAGCGAUUGGGCUUUAGAAGCUUUCACUUUUGUUUAUCUCCCGAUGACAGCGAUUGUUCGCUUUGCUGUCACCACCGAGAGAAAACAAACCUCUAUGGGAAAAACCAGAAGUAAGGGCGCAGGAAGUCACUGGCAAAUUACCCGACCCAGAUAUUUGGCCCCCGUGGAUGGGACACGCCCCGUCGGACUAAACCUGCAGAGCUUUGUCAAAGUAGUCACUCUUCUCAUGCUUUUCAGUAAAGGUUGACAAAGAACACGCAGGCACUGUCCGAGAUCGGAAGAGAAAUGCAAGAAAACACUACGACCGCAACCAUUCGCAGUAGAGCUGAGAGAAAUGCUUCAUCCUUUAUUAUCAUUAUUUUUUUUUGUUUGCACAUGUCCUCGCAUUUUCAGCCUUUUGGACUAAGAGAUCGCAGGCUCUUGCUUGAGCCAGAAACAGAUUCCGAGGACUGAACUGACUUAAUGCACUGAUCUGGUUCAAGCUCUUUUGAGGUCUGUAGUGUUCAUUGAUUGCGUUUCCUCAGUCGAUAAUCUGCUCUCGGUUACAUGCUGUCUUGACACUCUCGUGACGUUGCCUCACCAGCUUAUAACCCGAGUGUGGCUUUCGUUUUUUUUCUCCUGUUCACAUGGACUUUAUUUUCAGUUCUAAAUGUAGAAUGCCUUUAAGCCAAACGUGGUUUGCUUGGUGUAAAAUUUGUUGCACAUGCUGUUUGAUCGAGAAGCAACAGUCCAGCUCUUGGUGCUCAUGUGCGUGAUCGGAGCAGGGAGAUAAAACAGGGUGGGGUCCGGGCAGGCAGCCUGAAGAGUUUGUUGCCUUUCUGUUUGUAGUGUGUAGCAGUGCAGGCUUCAAGAUUGCACUGCUCGAAAAAAAGCACUCAGUCUCAGGUGAACUUCUCACUUGCCAAAUGGUGAAAACAAAAUGGUGUCGAUUAUGUUUUGAUUGCACUGUUUCAGUUCAAGGUUGGAGACAAUAGAAUUCAAAGUUGAAAACAGAUUCAAUAAAGAGAGGAGAUAAGGCAGCUUUCAAAGACUUAGGACAUUCCCUUUUUGUCCUGCUGCACCAGCAGCCGUCAUGUUUCUUCAGACCGGUGAAGCCAGAUAUGACCCAAAGGAUGGCACAAAUGCUUGAAAAGCCAAGCUGGGAAGCAAAUCAAGGACUCUGGAUUUUAUCCAGAGACAUCCGAAUUCAGUUGAAAUGAGUUGUACAUUUGUUCUAAAAUCUCAUUCAACUACAGAAGUAGUUUAGGCUUUGAUCAUGCUUGGCCUCCAUUAAGCACUUUUUUAAUUUUUUAUAAAUCCGCUCAUGUUCGGUUGAGGUCUGGAGAAAUUUUAAACGAUUACCAGUGUAGAAAAGUAGUGUUUGUGAAGUGUUUGUUAUAGGUUUGUCUGUAACGUGAGGAGGUUUAUGAUUCUGCGGCAAAGUGGUCUUAACAUAGUGGCCUUGAUUAACAGUUUGUUAUGUCCUCACUAAUCAUCCUUUGUUCUUUUCGUCCUAGAGUUUACUGUUUAGCUUAAACGGACAAAAAGGGAAAAACCAAAAAGUCCUUUAAAGCGAGCGCUGAUCAUGCCACUUUUUGAGUUGAGUGGGUUUUGGAUUUGUUUUUUAGUUAUGAGUUCUGAUGAUUACUGUUGGGCAUUCAGUGUUUGUUUUUUCCAGACAAACGACCAUUAGACAGAUCCUCUCGUCUCCAUUAUUAUGGGAACAAUAGCUGUAGCACACCUCAGAGAAAUGGAUGACCCAUUUCAGACAUGAAGAGAUAAGAAGAAAGAGAAAACGAUCUGCUUCUCUGUUGUGUUUUAUAGUUUAAAAUUGAACCAAAAUUGGCCACUAAUGAAAGAAUAAGCUUAAACGCAAAAAGAAAAAUGCUUCUUUUUGUGGUUGGUCAAUACUAUAGUCUAACGCUUGGCCUUCCGUGUAGUCCAGUGUUAAAGCUAAACUCUUGAAACACCUUUUUAGCAAAAAUAUGGUAUGUUUUAGAAGUUAAGUGCAAUAUUUCUUGAGUUUAUUUUGUCUCAGUGGUAUAUUUUGUCUUAUUUCAUUGUGAUUUCAUUUCAGAGAUCAUUAUGAACAUGAGAUAGAAAAAUGUAUGUUCAUAAUGGUUUUAACUUUUGUCUUAGUUCUUCCUUGGAAAAUAAAUAAACCUUUAAAAACCAUAA